GCUUUUGAAGAAGCUAACCUCUGUCAGACUUUAAAUGUGAACAUUGCUAAAGCUGGGUACUCUAAGCUUACUCCAGUGCAGAAGUACAGCAUUCCUAUUAUACUGGCAGGACGGGAUUUAAUGGCAUGUGCCCAGACAGGAUCAGGAAAAACUGUAGCUUUUCUUUUACCAAUUGUGGCCCACAUGAUGAGAGAUGGCAUAACUGCCACCAGCUUUAAAGAACAGCAAGAACCGGAAUGUAUUAUUGUUGCUCCAACUAGAGAACUGAUAAAUCAGAUCUUUCUAGAAGCAAGGAAAUUUGUGUAUGGAACUUGUGUAAGGCCUGUUGUGAUCUAUGGAGGUACACAAAUGGGUCAUUCAAUCCGUCAGAUAAUGCAAGGCUGUAAUAUACUGUGUGCCACUCCAGGAAGGCUUCUAGACAUAAUUGGAAGAGAGAAGAUUGCUUUGCAUAAUGUGAAUUACUUGGUGUUAGAUGAAGCGGACCGCAUGCUUGAUAUGGGUUUUGGGGUAGAUAUGAAGAAGCUGGUUUCUCACCCAAGCAUGCCACCGAAAGAGAAACGUCAGACACUAAUGUUUAGUGCCACUUUUCCUGAAGAGGUUCAAAGGCUGGCUGCUGAAUUUUUGAAAUCUGAUUAUUUGUUUGUUGUUGUUGGACACGUGGGUGGAGCUUGCAGUGAUGUUCAGCAAAAUAUUCUUCAGGUUCCUCAGUAUUCCAAGAGGGAUAAACUGAUAGAAAUUCUGCAAAGCAUAGGUCAUGAACGAACCAUGGUGUUUGUGGACAAAAAGAAAAAAGCAGACUACAUUGCAGCCUUUCUUUGUCAAGAAAAAAUAGCUGCUACUAGCAUCCAUGGAGAUAGAGAACAGAGAGAGAGAGAAAUAGCUCUUCAGGAUUUUCGUUCUGGAAAAUGUCCAGUUCUCGUGGCAACUUCAGUGGCAGCAAGAGGUCUGGAUAUUGAAAAUGUUCAACAUGUUAUUAAUUAUGAUCUUCCUUCCACCAUUGAAGAGUAUGUACAUCGAAUUGGACGAACUGGUCGUUGUGGAAAUACCGGCAAAGCAGUUUGCUUCUUUGAUAAUACUUCAGAUGGCCAUCUUGCACAACCUCUUGUUAAAGUGCUUUCGGAUGCCCAGCAGGAAGUUCCUGUUUGGUUGGAAGAAAUUGCUUUUGGUUUUCAAGGAGAAAGAUUCUUUGCAUCACCUCAUACCCAGAAG